UUUACUACAUGAGGAAAAACUACGCUCACUAGGGGGUCCUYAACUAGAAGGGAUACAGCUUUUUGGCUAUUUUAACUAACCCUAACUUAAUUAUCCUAACCUGCUACGUUAARUAUUCUAACKUGCUGCGUACGUUCUCCUAACCUAUUACGAAAAGUKAAAUCUGGCAAAAGAUGUAUUKAAUUUAGUCAAAACCSUUCUAGGGGKUUAUUUYGCGACUUAGUCGCUCUAUUUGAUMAGUUUUUAGAUACCUUCGGCGACUUUUAUUGGUAAAAGAGUCUAGCGACAAAUGCAGCUACUUUUCAGAUAGCCUUGGGGGAGUUUUGAUAGCUUUAGCGAAUUURCCCAAACAAUUAUGCCGCAAACGAGAGUGGGAGAAGUUGUCUGUGGAACAGAAAUCACAGUAACCGCGCACACACAGGCAGAGAAUCACAAGGGCGAGGUGUGCGGCGGGAAAGGGGACAAAAACGCUACGCUGGGAGAAUCAGCUGUGCCACAGCAAAGCAAAUUGGUGRUGUGACGUUGUCGCGGAAAAGGUCCUCUAGCGACAAGAUUGCACUCCAAGGGAUUAACAGAUACUCUGAAUGAUGAUUAAGAAUCACGAAGAAGAUGAGUUUGUUGCUGUGCGAGUCCAAGAUCCUCGGGUUCAGAAUGACGGGUCUUGGAAUUCAUACGUAGAUUUCAAGAUAUUCCUACACACCAACAGCAAGGCCUUCACGGCCAAGACGUCAUGUGUGCGCCGGCGCUACAGUGAGUUUGUCUGGCUCAAGAAGAGGAUGCAGAAGAACACUGGCUUGGUACCUGUCCCAGACCUGCCCAGCAAGCCCUUCUURUCCUCUAGUGGUGAGGACUUCCUUGAGAAGAGGAGGAAAGGCCUGCAGUCCUUUCUGGACAAAGUGUGUAGCAUGACAGUGUGUCUGUCAGAUAGCCAGCUCCACCUCUUCCUGCAAACCCAACUGCCGGUUGGUCACAUCCUGGACUGUGUGCAGGGCCACACCCCCUACACGGUGACAGAGGCCAUCCUCACCUACGGCUCAUCCAAUCAGGGCCGGGUUCCAGAAAUGGACUCGGCCCAGGACCCGAGUCUUACUCCAGUUCCGUAUGAGUCCYUGGAGAGCCCUGUUCCUCAUCUACCUACRCUGCAAUGUGAAGAGCCCCUCACCCCUGUGAACCUCACCUCCAGUGAGCCAGAGGGCCUAUGGACUGAGAAGUUCCUAGCUGACCCCCAUGACAUAGACGCUGUAGAGUUACAGCUGAGAGAGUUACUCGGUGAGACCCCUUCCUCAGAGAUCACCCAAGAGGACCACGAUGUAGUCCAGGUAGAGGCCGUCCUGGAGACACACAGCCCAGUGGAGACUAUCUUUAAGUGGGACGGCCAUGAAGACUCUACCCCAGAAAGGCUCGACCAUGAGGAGGUGAUCCACUACCAAGGGGAUUGUCAACAGCUGACACUUGUGGAAGCGCACUGUGAAAAGGACACCGGCUUGGAGGAGGAGUGUGUAACGGAGGUGAAGAAUGAGAGGGUCAUUGAGGAGACCCAUACAGACAUCCCUCCCAAACAGAGUAGCCCAGAGCUAGACAUCCAUGAGGAAACCCCUCAAGAUGGCCUAAGGGAGACAGUUCUAGAGGACCUUAACCCUGCGGAGGAAGCUCAAGAAACAACCUCAGAGGGGGACAGCGACAAAGACACAGUAACAGCCAUUAAGCUGGACAGCCAAGGACACACGGAUGAGAUCAACUCCCACGUAGAGGUGGAAAGUGUUGAUAACUCAACCCAAGAGGUAGAAAAUUGAGACGUUGCAACCCAAAAGGUAGAAGUCGAUGACUCAUCUCGAGGUGGAAAGUGGCGAUGAGGCAACCCAAGGGAAGACUCCCUUGGACAUUCAAC